AUGGCCGACUUCCUGAAGAUUGCAAUCCUCGGAGCUCCUGGAGUGGGGAAGACUGCGAUUAUCCAGCAGUUCGUGUGGAACCAAUUCACCGAGGAUGCUGUCGGCCCACAUGGGGGAGUGUACCGGCCGUCUGUGAUCCUAAACGACCGGAUUUACCAUCUGGUCAUUCUGGAUAUCCCCGCGUCACUCGUCUUCACCGAUAACCAGCAGAGGUGGAGUGAGACGGGGGACCAGGGCAUCCAGCCCGCGCACGCGUACAUCCUGGUCUACGACAUCUGCUGCUUCUCCAGCUUCGAGUACAUUAAGGCGGUGCACCAGCUUAUCGUGGCCAAGAGGCCUCCCGGGUCGGGCAAGGUGCCCAUCCUGAUCGUGGGGAACAAGCGGGAUCUUCAGCGGCGGAGGGUGGCUCCCCGGCGUAAUGUGGCGGCGCUGGUCAAGAGGUCGUGGAAAUGCGGCUACAUCGAGUGCUCGGCCAAGUACAACUGGCACAUCUUGCUGCUCUUCAAGGAGCUGCUGAAGACCGUGGGCUGCCUGGCCUGCAAGAGCGCCCACGCCUCCGCCUGCCUCCAGGGGGGGCUGCGUGCCAACCGUUGCGUCAUCCUGUGA